AUGCCCAAGAACGUGUCGUUGAGCUCGGCGACUGGCGGAGAGACUGUGAAGGUGUUGAAUCUUGUGUACCAUCCUUUCUGGCCGGCAAAAGCAGGCGAGGAGGUGGUGAAGGCUUGGCUUUGGGUGUUGAUUCUUCUGCGCGAUGAACACUGCUGCUUCGCUUGCGUCGGAGUCGUGAAGGAUGUCUACGGCGCCGCACAGCCCUUGCAGCUUCUCGACAAUGCAACGACAGCCCUCUGGGAACACCUGUCGACACUCGCACCGGCAAGGACGACGCUGUCCCCAGAGGAACAGGAGAUCUCGCAGUACGGUAAAACCCUGCGAAACGUCAUGGCCCGUGCCAUGGCAAGCAUACCGGACUCGGUGCGGACAAAGCUGCUCGGGGCGGAUGUGCGGCCGGAAUGCAGCGUGGGCCUGCUACGGACGAUGCGAGCUUUCCAGAACCUGGAGCCUUGGGCGUUCAGACGUUCUCUCAUAACAGCUGUGAAGGCAUUCUCGCUGGUGACGAACACGCGGAUGCUGCUUAGGACGGCCAAGAGGUCAGACGGGGACCACUAUGCUCUUCAGUUUCUGCAUGGCCUGCGGUUCUUUAGCCUCGUGCACAUUGUGCUCGGUCACUGCUACGAGACUAUAACGGACACCACAGGUACCCUAAUGAAUAUACUUAUCCUUUCUGACCGCUGGUUAAGCAUGCUCAUAGCAGCUGCAUUCAACAGUGUGGAGACGUUCUUCUUCCUGAGCGGAUUUUUCCUGUGCCUCACCGUAGGAAAACGGAAGGCGAACCCCAUGGUCAUUUUUAUAAUGGGAGCUCUACGAAGGGUAAUCAGGAUAUGCGUGCCACUGUUCUUCAUCAUCAUGUGCCUCUGCCUGCUGCCGGUUAUCGUCACCGGGCCAGACACAAAAUCAUUCUACCAGAAGCUUUACGUCGAAGUGUCCUCUCAAUGGUGGCACUAUGUCCUCCAAAUCAGGAACUUCUACGAGUUAGGUACACAGCACGUCCUUGGUCACACGUGGUACCUGUCCGCUGACUUCCAGCUCUUCGUGGUUUCUCUUCUCACGCUGGCGUUGCUGCAAGGCCGGAAAACGCUGGCCAUUGGAACAUUUGCCCUGCUGUCUCUGCUUGGAUAUGGCAUUGCAGCCUGGGAAUUGGCGUCCUCUAAUGCGCUACCAUUCAUGAUAUUUCCUGCAGAAACACCUGAAAGAACUAUCGUGACUGUUCACGAAUACUACAUACUGCCUUUCAUUCACGCCCUGCCUUACUUCAGUGGCUGCAUAACGUUCCUCAUCAUGGAUGAUUUCAGGGAGCGCAAAAUUACAAAGACAAUGCAAGCGGCCGGCUGGUGCAUAGCUGCUAGCUGUGGACUUUGCUGCGUCUUCAUGAAGCUCGCCUGGUACAAGAGCCCGGAUCCUACCUCGAAAGCGGGAACCUUGCUCGCCGCAUUUUCAGACCGCGCCAUGUGGUCGUUCUUGCUCGCUUGGAUCACUCUCACGUGCUCCUCAGGCCGAGGUGGACCUGUGGGCAAAUUCCUAUCCUGGAAUCUCUUCGUGCCCCUUAGCAAGCUCUCAUUUGGCGUCUACCUCAUCCACUAUCCAUUCAUCGAGCUGCUGCUACACUCCUCGAGGGAGCGUAUGCACUGGUCAGACUUCAACCAGGUUACGAUGCUGUUCUCAGUGCUUGAUUGGAGCUUCAUCCUGGCGUACUUUUCGUACCUGGCCUGCGAGGCACCGACAGCAGCACUCGACAAGCUCGCUUUUAGCAAGCUCACAGGAGGUGGAAGAGCGCGGAAGCAGAAGCGGAGAACUGAAGUGAACGAAGACAGUGCGAGUCCAGAGAAAAAAAAGGAAGAUGUGUUCUCGCGGUGCUAGUGAGUUGUCUUUUUUUUUUUGUGCAAAACACUGCACAGGGUCUUGCAGAAAAUCACCUGGUCUGACGGUGUGCCGCUGGAUCUCAUGAUGUCGCGGCAGGUCUAGCCAGAUCUUCGGUUCAACGUAAUGAAAAACCUAAUGUAUGUUGCAUUCGAAUAGGUUUAUAUACAGACCCACACGAACUACCUCCAAAAGUGUCCCGGUUGCGGACUUUCCGCUGCACGACCACGCUGUAAAAUGGCAUACCGUACCUGAACAUCCUCAUCGCGACGAAUAUAUGUGAUAAAGAAAGU